UGUCUCACUCGAACAACUCCGAUUUCCCCUUCCGGGUCGCGCACUAGGGGACGUCAUUGCCUCCCCUCCUUGACUUUUGUUCGCGCCUAGAAUAUUUAGUCUUCAUCAUCUACUGCUUCUCCUCUUGCCAUUCACCUCCCGCACGCAAACUACAGCUUCAACCUCAACUCCAACACUCAACCGCUUCCAUCGCCAUGUCUCUCCCGCAAACCUAUAAGCAGGCAGUUUUCAAAGCGCAGGGGCAGCCUCUCGUCAUCGAAGAAGCGCCCUUGAAGCUGCCUGGCAAGGGUGAGCUUCUCGUCAAGGUAGAGGCUUGCGGUGUCUGCUUCUCCGACAUGUUUGCCCAGCAGAACAUCAUGGGCGGCGGAUUCCCGAUGGUACCCGGCCACGAGAUUGUCGGUAAAGUUGCUGCUAUUGGAGAGGGCGUCGAACUAUGGAAGGAAGGCGACCGCGUUGGCGGAGGCUGGCAUGGCGGACACGACGGCGUCUGCAAGGCGUGCAAGAAGGGAUUUUUUCAGAUGUGUGAUAACCAGGUCAUCAACGGCGAGACAAAGGCUGGUGGCUACGCUGAAUAUGUUCUACUACGCUCGGAAGCUGCCAUUCGGGUUCCCGCCCACGUCGAUGCUGCCAAAUACGCUCCCAUCAUGUGCGCUGGUCUGACAUGCUUCAACUCUAUUCGCAACAUGAACAUCGGGGUCGGAGAGACGGUCGCUGUUCAAGGAUUGGGCGGGCUAGGUCAUCUGGCGAUUCAAUACGCAGCUCGCUUCGGAUACCGGGUUGUUGCUAUCUCGCGAGGUGGAGACAAGGAAGCUUUCGCACGCGAACUCGGCGCGCACGAGUACAUUGACUCAAGCAAAGGAGAUGCAGGGGAGGCGCUCCAGAAUCUGGGUGGAGCGAAGCUCGUUGUCACUACAUCCCCCAGUGCUGAUGUCAUUUCACCACUGUUGAAGGGCUUAGGCAUUUUGGGCAAGCUGCUCAUCUUGUCGGUUCCCGGAGAGGUUCCGGUGAACACUGGAGUCAUGCUUCGCUAUGCCUUGACUGUCCAAGUCUGGCCAUGUGGCAGCGCAGUUGAUGCCGAGGACACUAUCCAAUUCACCGAGCUGCAAGACAUCAACUGCAUGAUCGAGAAGUUCCCCUUGGACAAGGCAAACGAUGCCUUCAAUCACAUGAUGAGUGGCAAGGUCCGAUUUCGAGCUGUCAUCACGAUGUGAGAGCGGUCUGCAUGAAGGAAUUUUGGCGGAUUCACAACACUUUCAGUCUUCCACUAAUCGU